AUGGCGCAAAUUGUUUACAUCAAUAUCCCAUGGACUCUCGACGAGAAAGACUACAACUGCAGUGGGAGAACUCGAGAGGAAUGGAGGCAACGAGGCACAGUACGUGAAACUCAGGCAGCAUGUUUCCUGAUAUUUGGAUUACUACUUCAGGUGAUUUACAUUCUUUCUAUGAUAGCCAUGGUUCGGGGAAAACUUCUGCGGAUUCCUUGCUAUCGAUUGAUGUUUUUCAAUGGAUUCAUUGAUCUCAUGGUCCUGACGUCCGGAUCGCUGAUCGUUGCUUAUUUCCAAUAUACUGGUGCUGUUUUUUGUACAGAUGUCAGGCUCAAUCACUUCAGCGGACAGAUAGCAUGGAGUGCCUAUAUGGGGGGAACCUUCAUGUGUAUAGCCGUGGGAUUCAAUCGAUUCGUAGAAAUGAUUCCAUCAAUGAGACACCUAGUGUUUUUAUUCAGAGGUAAAAUGAUCUACAUGUGGAUGGUCGUAUGUGUCUUAAUCAUGAUUAUAAGGCCGUUUUUCUGUAGACCUGCCCUGUAUAAUAGUACUUUCGGUACAUUUCUAGCACUUCCUGCAAUAUCAGAUGACCUCAGUUGGGAAUCUGUGCACUACGGAACAUGGAUACUGACUAUUACCAAUAUGUCAUUUUUGGUUAUGCUGGUGUUACCAUAUGUAGUAGUAUGUCACCAUGUACUGAGAUUAAGCAGCUCUGCUAGAGCGAAUAUCGACAAAGGCCAAGCAAUCCUUUUCUCUCAAGCUAUCGUAAUCUGUUCAACUAACGCUGUGGCAGCUGUACUCUACAAUAUUAUGAAAUUUGCCGUUCUUCCUAGAUCUGUCGUCAUUGCUUCGCAUAUCAUUUGGCUGCUCAGUCACGGAAUCCAUGGUGUUGUUUACUUGUGCAUCAACAAGCACAUAAGAAAAGAAGUAAAAGGGAUCUUUGGAUAUAAAACUAAGCCGAUAAUGGUCUCCUCAUCGAAGAUCGUUUUCAGAUCCAGUGCUCGUUGA